AUCCUGUAAUAUUUACUGGUACUUUAAGGAGUAAUUUAGAUCCAUUUAAUGAGCAUGAAGAUUUAACAUUAUGGAAUGCAUUAAAAAGAGCACAUUUAAUUCAAGAGGAUUUAUCAUCACCAAAUUUAGAAAAUGAAAAACCAUCAGGUGCCGUUAUAGAUGAUGAACCAGAUUCAAUGACAAAAUCUGAAGCAGUAACAACAACAAUGGUUUCAGAAAAAGUAGUAGAUGCAGGAAACAUAAUGGAAUUUGAUUCUCCAUAUUUAUUAUUACAAAAUCCUAACUCUACAUUUAGAAGUAUGUGUGAAAAUAGUGGAGAAUUUAAUGAAUUAUAUGAAUU